GUUGACAUAGUACUAACAAUGGGCUGCCCAUUCAUUCAAGAAAAGUACUCUGGAAUAUAAUCCGGCCCACAUUAAAAAUCAAAAACGACAUUAAAAACCGUCACAUUAGGAAUACCUAAAAUUGUCGUUUUACGAAACUUUGAAUUGAACUGAAUGUAACCAAACCAUAUUCCAAACUUCAAACUUUCCCUCCAACCAAGAAAGAAGAUAACUCUCUUCUUCUUCUUCUUCUUCUCUUUCCAAAGAAAUCCCAAGAUGCUGAAAGCCAUUAAUGGCUUCUUCGGGAAGAAGAAAACAAACCCUUCAUUCAAAGACUACUACUUACAGUGGUUCAACCAACUCAAGAACAACCACCUCCCAAAUCUCCGCCGCUCAAUCCACGAUUCCUCCAUAGCCCAACUCUCCACCCAAGUCGACAUCGUCCGCCACCAUUUCCACUCUUACUACGACGCUCUCGAUCUCGCCGCCACCGACGGCGACAUCUCGCAGCUCCUCUACCCUGACUGGCGCAACCCACUAGAAAAACCCUUUCUAUGGCUCGGCGAUCUCCACCCUUACCUCUUCACCAACCUCCUCCGCUCCUUCUUCGACGACGACGAAGACAACGAAGACGAAGAAUCCGAUGCAAACGACACCGUUUUCGAGAAACUCGCCGGCGGCGUAUUGUUCAGCGAGGCCGGAGAGCUUUUCAAUCGCCCCUGGCAUAUAGUUAUGGCGUGGAAGAAUCCUUCUGAUGUGUUAAUGGGCCGGAUUGAGCAGAUUGAAUGUGGGCUUAGGCUCAUGGUCCCGGCUUUGGGCCUGCGUGCUAGGAAGGCCCAAGGUGGGUUUGUUGAAACUGUGGCUGGAGAUUGGGCCCGGAAAAGAGAGGUGGCGAGUGAGGUGGUUGAGAAGGCUUUGGGGAGUGAGAUGGAGGAGCUGGCGGCGGUGUUUGUAGAUGCUAAUAGGCUUCGUCGGAGUGUUUUGGCUGAGAUUAUUGGGGCCACAAGUGUUUACCAGGCUGCUCUGUUUCUUGAAGGCCUGGCCCAAUUUCUUGUUGGGUUUAGGGACCCUGAUUUGGUUUCUGACUUUUUAACUUGCAAGACUCCUCUUACUCUCACUAAAAUUUCUUAAAUUUGUCUCUUUUCAAUUUGAGAAAGAGAAUUGUUGUUGUUUCGUAUGUUCAUAUAAUCUUGUGAACAAAUGAUUCUUCUUAUGUUGUGUCUAGUUAGUUAGUUUAGUUGGCCACUUGGGCUUUGGUACAAGUGUUUUUGUACACACAAAACUAGCUUGUGCAUAUGUGAUCCAAAUACUUUAAUGUGAAUUUACCAUUUGAGUUUCC